AUGACAAACCCCUACCAACAACAUGAUAUCGGGUCAAACAUCGACCCUCUAGCUUCCGGCCGACUGCCACCCCUCAACGCCCGCCGACCAUCCUAUGCUUCCGUCGUUUCCGGGAGCCCUUCGGCCCUCGCUCGUCCCACCCGUUCGGGCGGCUUUUCCCACCUUCUCAACCCCUCGCCUGACUCGGAACAACAACAAGCUCAGUCGAGCAACCCCUAUUCGACGACACAAAACCCCCGCUUCGAGACCGGCAUGUCAUACACACACAAUGGCGAGGAACUCCCAACGAUGGACGACACAUACGAGGCCGUCGGCGGCGGUUUCUGGCCACCGCGCCUCGGGGCGACUUUUCCAUAUUUCUCCCGCGCCUUCGUCCUCUACGUAGAGCAAGGACCCGCUGCUCGCCCUGCGACCCCUCAGGUCCUGACUACGCCCGUUUCCCGUCCACCAACACGAACACCAAUCUCAGUACCCCCGGUUUCCUCUCGCCGUCGUACCUGCGGGGGAACUCCACCGAUCGCCAUCGGCUUCGCGAGUAAAGCGACCUCGACAUCACGGGCGCCUGGCUGGGAGCCAGACUCCUGGGGCUACCACGGCGAUGACGGCCACUCGUUCGCGUCUCAAAACGUAGGGAAACCCUACGCCGACACAUUCGGCGUAGGCGACACGAUCGGCUGUUUAGUCAACUUUCGGCUCAAUCAAGCGCUGUUUACAUUGAAUGGCCGAGAACUACAUAUGGGCUUCAAAGACCUCAAAGGGAACCUGUACCCCAUCGUCGGUCUCAAGAAGAAGGAGGACCACAUCAUGGCCAACUUUGGUCAGAGGCCUUUUGAGUUUGAUAUUGACGGAUACAUGAGGAGACAACAAGGGAUGAUCGAAGAGGAAAUACGCCUCGCCGAUGCGUCCAAGCUCGUGCCCGGCUUGUCGGAGACGGACAUCAUUCAGCAGCUAGUACUCCAGUUCCUACAACAUGAUGGCUACGUUGAGACAGCGCGCGCCUUUGCUGAGGAACUACACACCGAAAAGAUGGCUCUCCAGUUGGACCCACAAGAACCUGUGAAGGGCGUCAGCGUCCGCGACGAUGAGGACGCCCAUAACCGGCAGCGCAUCCGCCGCGCUGUGCUCGAGGGUGAUAUCGACCGCGCCAUGAAGUACACGGACGCCUACUACCCGGCUGUCCUUCGUGAUAACGAACAGGUCUACUUCCGACUGCGCUGCCGCAAAUUCAUCGAGAUGAUCCGCAAGGAGGCCGAGCAUAAACAUAAUGCUCGAAGAGCGGGGAGUCAGCCCACACCAACGGCAGGGGACAGGCGGCCCGGUGACAACGACGAAGAAAUGUUCGAGGCCGAGCCGAGUCACAACGGCACGACCACCGCGAACGGUGAUGGUGACUUGGACAUGACCAUGGCAGAAGCUGGGGACGGUGCCGGCGGCAGCGAUCCAGCCGCCCGGACUCAGCAAAUUAUCGCAAGAGGCGCUGUUUGUCACUCGGGCAAAUCAUCGCGUGCGGCGCUGGAAAAUGUUUACGCCCAGACUUGCGUGCUGCUAGAAAGCCUGAGAAAGGACGGCGGCGACGGCGCGUUUGUCACAGUCGACAACGUGGUCAGGGAUAUACCCCCGUCGAGACUGCGCUAG